AUGGCGAAAGGGCAGUCCAAAUCUAAGUCCGUAUCGGACAAUACUGCCAAACUUUCCGAGCAGAUGGCUCUUUCAUCCGCUCUGUCCUCACCAUGGGCGUUCCUCCGUCCCACGAACGAUUUACAUACGACCGUCGUGGAUUCUGCUAAGCACAUCCUGGACUCCCUCGCCGGUUCUGUCGUGGAUGCCCAGACCACUCGUAAGCAGCUCAACAAAAAGCGCAAACGCUCAGACCUCGAAUCGGACCCAGUCACCCAGCUCCAAUUGAAGAAUCUCUACGUGGACGGUUUCACCUCGAAUCAAAUAUGGGAGCAAGCAACACGGAUUCUCGAGUCGACUGGCGACGAGAUUGAACGCGAUAUCACAUUGAUUUCCCAACACGGCGGCUACAUGGAGUCGGCCGACUCCGAGCAGCUCGAGGAUAUCUCUGACCCCGAGGGUGCGCAAAGCGACAGCGACAGCCACGAGAGCAUGCUUGAAGAUCUCUCCGAGGGCUCAGGCGCCGAAGACGAUCUCGACGAAGAAUCUGACCAAGAGAUCGAUAUGGGAUCUGACGAUGAGAUGGAAGACAUUGAAGACAUGGACGAUGAUAAUUCCUCAGUUGGCUCCGCCGAAGGAGAGCCCGAAGUAUUUGUCGAGGAUAAAUUUGGACUGAAUGACGGAUUCUUCUCCAUCGACGACUUCAACAAGCAGUCUGAGGCUUUAGAGAGACAGGAUGCCGCAGGAGGACCCGAGCAGAAUGAGGACAGCGAUGAGGAGGAUCUCGACUGGCAUUCCAACCCGUUGAUUGCUGGAAACUCUGCGACCAUUCGUGGUGAUAAAUCGAAGAAUUCACGCCCAACAGAAAAGGAAGACGAGAGCAUGGAUGAUAGUGAGGAGGAGGGGCCGACUUUCGGUAAUGCCGAUCUCCACGGCGACUCCGAUUCCGAUGAUGAAGACGUCGCAGACAUGGAAGACGAUGAAGCCAAUGCCUGGGUAAACACUAGUGAUAUCAAAUACGCCGAUUUCUUUGCACCUCCACCCCGCAAAGCCUCCAACAAGAAACACCGCGCCCUCCCGAAAACCCAACCCGAUGAACCGACAGUCGAUGAGAGUGAUGUCAAACGCGCUAUGGACGAUGUUCGACGGGACUUGUUUGACGAUGCCGAUGCGGACUCCGCCGAAGAAGAUGAGGAGAAUCUUGACGGAUCUGCAGACCCCACUGCUCCACGCUCAACACACGAGAAGCAGAGGGCACGGAUCGCAGAUGAAAUUCGUCGUCUGGAGGCGGCCAACGUGGCCAAGAAAGAAUGGAUGUACACUGGUGAGGCCAGAGCUGUCGAGCGCCCUAUCAACUCUCUCAUCGAAGAAGACCUCGACUUUGAACGAAUUGGAAAGCCUGUUCCCGUCAACACCAAUGAGACCACCGAGGACAUCGAAGAACUAGUCAAGCGCCGAAUUCUAGCCAUGGAGUUCGACGAAGUCAUCCGCCGUCGGCCAGGCGCCGAGGGUCAGCAGGCCGGAAGAAAACCCCGCUUCGAGCUGGAUGAUACCAAGCCCCAACAGGGUCUGGCCGAGAUGUAUGAAACUGACCAUCUUCGCGCUAAUGAUCCCAACUUCGUGGAUACUAAGGACCGCAAGUUGAUGCGGGAACAUGCCGAGAUUACCAGUCUUUGGAACGAGCUCAGCUCUCAAUUGGAUACGCUAUGCAACUGGCACUACAAGCCCAAGGUCGCCCAAGCAAGCAUCAACGUCGUUACCGAUGCGCCAACAAUCAUGAUGGAAGAGGCACGUCCAACGGCUGGUGGUGCUGCCGGUGGCCCUGUUGGACUUGCACCACAGGAGAUCUACACACCCGGUGACGAAGGCCGAGUUAAAGGAGAGGUGGUCCUCAAGACUGGCGCGUCUAUCUCCAAGGAGGAGAUGACCCGUGAGCAGAAGGCCAAGAUCAGACGCCAGAAUAAGCAAACCCAAAAGAAGGCCGAUUCUGGCAAACCCACUCAGGAAAAGACCGGCAAGGCAGCUGAGAAGCAGCAGAUGAUUUCAGACCUGAAGAAGGGAGGAGUCAAGGUCAUUGACAAGGAGGGCCGUAUGACGAAUAUCGACGGCGGCUCUGUCCAACAGGGCGCCAAAAACAGAGGAGAUAAUCUCAAGUUGUGA